GGCAGCCAGAAGUCUUCCUUCAGUGCUGCCUCCAUGCCUGCCACCAAUCUUUGACGAUGAAUUCAUGCCUCCAGAGCAGACAGUAGAGGAUGCCUAUGAGGUCUCAGGUGCUACAGAGAACACUUCAGGCACAGCUACUGUUGAUGGAGUGGACAGAUCAACAGCUAAAUGCCCUGUCCCAAUGCUGCCUCCAAGUCUGCCACCUGUCUUUGGCAUUGACUACAAACUGCCAGAGGAGGCAGUAGAGGGAACCAACAAGUCUCUAGUCGCCAGUGAAUCUGCCGCUUCCGUGUCCGCUGUCCUCCAAGAGGAGUUUUCAGCUGAUAAGAGUCUUCCUGCACCCGCAGCACUGCCUCUAAGGCUGCCCUGCACCCACAGCAUUGACCACAAACAGCUAUGGGAGAAAGUUGAGGACAACACAGAGUUCUCAGUAGACAAAGAAGCAACUGUUGCCAUUUACACUUGGGAAGAUAAAAGUCCUUCAGUUCUGCCAUGCAUCCACAACAACAACGACCACCAACUGCCAGAGGAGACAGUUGAGGACAACACAGAGUGCUCAGUUGACACCGAGGCAAGUGCAGUUGCAUCCACUGUCAAGAGAGAGGAACUGAGAGGUGAUAAAAGCCCUGUCCGAGCAAUUCCUCCAAUCCUGGGAUGCAUCCAUGACAAGGACCACAAGGAGCCAGAGCAGAAAGUGAAGGGCCCUAGUGAAGAGGUGGAUCUCUGCCCUCACACUCACCAGCUGGACCCAGAUGUUAACUUAACUCUGGCAACCCGCAAUGAUGAACCCAGGACCUGGACCCUGGAAGAGGCAAAGGAUUAUUGGAUAGGCCUUGAAAUUGAGAGUGAAGAGAUGAGCGUCAAGGAGGAGGUGAGACAGAGGGAGGGAUUGAAGCGUGAGGCGGACUGUGCCCAUUCCAAGAGCUCCAAUGGGAUGGUUUCAUCAGAGAGAGCAGAGACCAUCCUUGGAAGAGUGGGCUUUCUGGUCAUGAACCACAUGCAGAAAAUCCCAUUUUUGAAGAUGAAGGAAAAAGAGAAAAAUAAGAAACUGCAUAAGAAGUUGAAAGAUGACGAGAAAGAGAGAAAGGAGAAGAAAAACAAGGAGGAGAACAAAAAGAGGGAGAAGAAAGAGAUGAAUGAGAGAGAGAAAGAGCAGAAGAAAGUCAUGAAGGCUGAGAAAAAGAGGGAGAAGUUAGAACAGAAAAAGAGAGAGAAGGAAAGAAAAGAGAAGGAAAAGGCAGAGAAAAAGAGGUUAGAGGGGCUGAUGAAGAUACAUAAUGACAUGAUGAAAGACAGGAUUAAGAAAGAGAAGAAGUGUUCUGAGGAGCUGAAAAAGAGAGAGAAAGCUCAAGCUGAGUUCUUGGAGAUGGAGAGAAAGAUUCAAGAAAAGGAGGAGAAGAAGAGAGAAAAGAGGAGGAAAGAGGAGAGGAAGAGACUAGAGAAGAAGAAAAAGAGGGAGUCAGCUGGAGGGGGAACUGAGAGGGUGAUAGAAGAGCAGGGAAAGGAUGAAAGCUUGAAGAUGGAUGAGUAG